AAUGUGUGUAUGUGUGUGUAUAUGUGUGGUGUGUGGGCGCCGGCUGUGGCCCGGCUUCCUGGCUGGGCUCAGUCUGCACGGAGCGACCAGUUUGAUGCUGACUCGAGGUGGAGGCCAAACUUGCACCACUUGAGUCAUGUCGGAUAUGCUUCAGGAUCGGGGCAGGACGCUGUGAGCCCAAAUUUGCUCUGACGCUGAGUCGUGCGCUGCUCAGGCCGGGCCGGGCCCACAGCCCUGCCCACACUGCGGGAUAGCCAACACCCAGCUUGGCACCUGGCUACACUUGGAGGAGACCAUGGAACAGCAAGAUGAAGAGUCCCUGGAGUCUCCACAGGCCUGUGUGGAGAACUUUGUUCUACCCCAAGAGAUGAUCAUCGAAGUGGAGGGAGAAGAUGCUGGGUCACUGGACGUCAUGCCCCAGGAAAGUACAGACUUCAAGAUUGUGACUGUGGACCUCACUGAGGAUGAACAGAGCACCUGGCACAAUCCCCAGAGAACGCCAGAGAGAAGUGUGAUCCUUGAGGGCCACAGGGACCUGUGGGACUUGCCAGCUGUGCAUGGGAUAGAAGAAACCACCUCAAAGCAGACUGUCUUUGAUGAAGAAACAUCCCAUGGAGUGAAGACAGAGGGGUUGGCAAGAGAAGAUCCUUGGCUCUCUUCCUGUGAAGAAGUGUGUGCUUCCAAGGAGCAGCUGGAAAAGAAACAAGAAAAGCAAGAGGAAGCAGCCUUUACCCAAGGGAGAGCUGGCACUCCUGGAAUGGUCUGCAGGAGUGAUGAAUUUGGCAGGAUUUCGUUCCCCUUGAUGCCAGUCAGAAACCAUUUCCAUAAACAGGCAGCACAUGUUAAAAAGUUACAUGGUGACACUGUUGCAAACAGUCUUCAGAAGGUUUGUGAUGGUGCAGAUCUUUCCAAAGAGGAAAAUUAUGGAAACGUCUCUCCAAGCUUUCAUUUCACUCAGUUUACAAGAACCCCAAAAGGAGAUAAAGUCUAUGAAUUGAAUGGUCGUGUUCCAUCUUUUGGCCGUGGCACACCCCUAAAUCUACAGGAAAAGGUUUGUGUAGAAGGUAAAACCUUAGGCUUUAAAGGGCGCGGACAAGUUUUGAGCCAUAACGUAUCCUUAAAUGAACAACAGAGGAUUCUUGAGGGCCAGGAAAAAUGUAGUAAAACAGCCCCGAGUCCAUCUCUUCCUCAGAACAUGAGAAACUGCUCUGACGAGAAACGUUUUGAAUGUAAGUAUUGUGGCAAGUCCUUCAGCUGGAGUUCACAUCUCAUUGCCCACCAAAGAACUCAUACGGGGGAGAAGCCCUACAAAUGCAACCUGUGUGGGAAGCUCUUCACCCGGAGCUCACACGUUGUUUCCCAUCAGAGAAUCCAUACUGGAGAGAAACCAUACAGAUGCAAUCUGUGUGGGAAAUCUUUUACCCAGAGGUAUGUUCUUGUGGUGCAUCAAAGAACUCAUACUGGUGAGCGGCCUUAUGAGUGCAACCAGUGUGGGAAGUCUUUCAGGCAAAGCUACAAACUUAUUGCACAUCAAAGAACUCAUACCGGAGAGAAGCCCUAUGAAUGCACUCAGUGUGGGAAAUCAUUCAUCCAGAGUUAUAAACUCAUCGCACAUCAGAAAAUCCAUUCUGGAGAAAAGCCCUAUGAAUGCAGUCACUGUGGGAAGUCCUUCAGCCAAAGCUAUAAGCUUGUCGCACAUCAGAGGACCCACACGGGAGAAAAGCCUUUUGAGUGCAAUUACUGUGGGAAGUCGUUCAGCUGGAGCUCUCAGCUGGUGUCCCAUCAGAGAACACACACGGGAGAGAAACCUUAUGAGUGUAGUGAUUGUGGGAAAUCUUUCAACCGCAGCUCACAUCUUGUCAUGCAUCAGAGGACUCACACUGGAGAAAAGCCGUAUCAGUGUAAGCAGUGUGGGAAGUCCUUCAGUCAGAGCUAUGUUCUGGUCGUUCAUCAGCGGACACACACCGGGGAGAAGCCUUACGAGUGCAGCCAGUGUGGGAAGACCUUCAGGCAGAGCUCCUGCUUCACUCAGCACCAGCGAACCCACACCGGAGAGAAGCCUUACGAGUGUAACCAGUGCGGGAAGACCUUCAGCCUGAGCGCUCGGCUUAUCGUCCACCAGCGAACUCACACCGGCGAGAAACCGUACAAGUGCAGCCAGUGUGGCAAAGCGUUUAUUAGCAGUUCUAAGCGCAGUAGGCACCAGGCCACUCACAGCGAUGAGUCUUCUAAGUCCUGACUAGGUGGGAGCCCGAGUUCGAGUCCACUCCUCUCAGUCCAGCCCUCUCUGUUGUACCCGGGGAAGAAGGCACACAGGCCCUUUGGAUACCCCUGUGUUGCUGGUAGCGAGGAGUAAGGCCUUUCGUCUGACAGGCGAGGGUAAGAGGCCCCUGGAGAAGAGAAGCUGUGACACCAGCCGAGGUGCUUUCUAGCACAGCUCUGUGCGGCAGCAUCCUUAAACUGGUCUCAGAAGGAGGAGGCUACCUACUGCCUGGCAGAAGUGGCUUCCCACAGCACUCGAGAAGGCAGAAUCUAGACCCAGAGGAGGUGAAUUUAGAUCAAGUAUCGUAAGCUUAGUUCAUAUGCCCUCUUGUUUGAGAGUCCUGGGCUGGGCCCUGAGACACAGCUUCUUUCUUGUAAAGCUGACACUCUGUAAGUUUAGCUCAGAAGGUGUUCUAAAACUCCCUGACUUCAGAAGGUAGCCACUGUGAGGAAGCUGUCCCAUCUUCCUGUAUCUUGCCCUUUUUGCCCUUUGUGCUACUGGCUCACUGAGCCAUGUCCUCCCACCUCGUAUCUCCUCCCAGAAUCCCCAUGCCUGUUUACUGCAGGCAGAUGUGCUUUUCAGUCCCUCGUUUAUGCAGGCUUGACCAGUCAGGCUCCAGUCAUAGCCCAGCUGUAAAUCUCACUCUGUGUACCCUCCGGUCAUGUGGCAGGAGCUGCUUUUCUAUCGCAAGAAGCUUUGCUCUUCUGCCACCCUAUCUAGUCAUUCCUUUCGAUCUAGUGACAGCAUGGGAGCCACUGACUCAGAGUUACAAGUGGCCAUUGAGUUUUCAGGGCCCUAGUCCUCUGAGCUAAGCUCAUCUGAGCUAAGAAAUAGGCUCCCUUGCUCUCAAAGCUCCCCACAGCAUUGCCAUGUAUGCUGACCAUAAGCUGUGUAGUUUAGGAAAUUUACAAGCAGAAUCAGGCUUGGACCAGCAUGGAAGUAGAAACCCAAAACUCAUCUCUAGUGAGACUGAGUCAAGAUGAUUGUGAAUUCAAGAGCAGCCUGCACUAUGUAGCAAGACUAUCUCAAAGAAGAAAAACAAACUUGCCCUGUGUGUGCUUCUGCAAACAAUAAAUUUUGCUACUUUUUCCGUAAAGUAAAUGAUCAGUUCUGAAUUUCAGAUAAACUAAAUCUAAAAUUGAUGGCUGUUCCCAAAAAGACUGAAAUGCUGACUGGUGGGUGUGCUGUGGAGACUUAUAGGUUGUGGUUUUUAUAACUUAAUAUUGGAAAACAAUAUUUGACUGUCAACCUACACAAUUUUCCCGAUUGUUAGUUUGUAAUCUGCUUUGUACACUUCUGUUACAGUGAAUAUUUUCUAUUACUAAGGUAAAAUUACUGAUAUGAAAUGAAAUACUUGACAAGAGUAUAGAAAAUCUCUGGAACUGCCUUCAAAAAUAUUUGUGUAUAGGUUGAAGUUGAGAAGGGAUCAUGGAUUUAUUUAUUUGAUACUGUUGCUUAUGUUGUCAUCUUUUGGAGAUGCAUGUUGUACUAUAACAAAUGGUACAAAGAAUAAAAAAUGAUCAGA